AUGCUAAUGGAAAUCCGGUCAUCCAUCGUGGAAGUUGUGACGGUAACAUCUCCUGAGACCACAAUUGAGGUCAUUGAGACUGCUACGUCUGCCGCGCCGGCUGCAACUAGUGCUGCGCCAUCUCCGGUUCCGUGCUAUAACUACGAUUGGAAAUCAUACGGCUGGUGCUGCCCUGGCCCAGACUCUCCUUGCCAAAAUGACCUGGGCACCUGCUACUUUGACGGCACAGGGGCUACUAAUGUGUUGCCAAACACGGCUGCCUGUCCGCCUGGAGAGGGUGCGAGAAGUUGA